UAUUGUGUAGUAUAGUAGUAGUACGGUAGUAUUGUAUUAGUAUAAUAUUAGUAUAGAGGUACUAUUAUGGUAGUGGGCAGUACUCUGGCAGUUGGGAUUUAAGUCCUGGCUGGAGCUGUGGCCAGAGAGAAUGCAGGUCCUGCCAUUGUCCUGUCCUUCUUCAUCGCAGCGCUGGCCUCUGUGAUGGCUGGACUGUGUUAUGCUGAGUUUGGGGCCCGCGUCCCCAAGACGGGCUCAGCCUACCUGUACAGCUACGUCACAGUGGGAGAACUCUGGGCCUUCAUCACGGGAUGGAACCUCAUCCUCUCUUACGUUAUCGGUACCUCCAGUGUAGCACGAGCAUGGAGUGCUACGUUUGAUGAAUUGAUAGGGAAACAUAUAGAAGCCUUCUGCAGACAGUACAUGGCCAUGAAAGCCCCUGGGAUACUGGCAGAGUACCCUGACAUGUUCGCUGUGCUCAUCAUCAUCACCCUCACAGGUCUGUUGUCGUUUGGAGUGAAGGAGUCAGCUGUGGUCAACAAAGUGUUUACGUGUAUCAACGUCCUGGUGUUGUUGUUUAUGGUGGUCUCUGGACUGGUUAAAGGAACCCUGAACAACUGGCAUCUGGACCCUGAUGUCAUCUUACACAACAACUCCAGACAAAACAUGACAGGGCCCUUGCCGUCGGCGGAGAGUCUAGGAGUGGGCGGGUUCAUGCCAUUUGGCUUCACCGGCGUCCUAUCAGGCGCUGCCACCUGUUUCUACGCCUUCGUGGGAUUCGACUGUAUCGCCACGACAGGUGAGGAGGUGAAGAACCCUCAGAAGGCCAUUCCCAUCGGCAUCGUGUCGUCGCUCCUCAUCUGUUUCGUGGCCUACUUCGGAGUGUCUGCUGCUCUCACCAUGAUGAUGCCCUACUACCUCCUAGACAACAACAGUCCUCUGCCUGCAGCCUUUAAAUAUGUAGGCUGGGAGGGAGCCACAUACGCUGUGGCUGUAGGGUCGCUGUGUGCUCUGUCCACCAGUCUCCUGGGCUCGAUGUUCCCUCUCCCUCGUAUAAUAUUUGCCAUGUCUCGCGACGGCCUCCUCUUCUCCUUCUUGGCCCGCAUCAGUGAGAGGAAGACACCCAUCAUGUCCACCAUAGCCGCUGGAGUCAUGUCUGCUAUCAUGGCCUUUCUGUUUGACCUGAAGGACCUGGUAGAUCUGAUGUCUAUAGGGACUCUACUGGCCUACACCCUGGUGGCAGCCUGCGUUCUGGUACUCAGGUACCAACCAGAGCAUCCCAGCUCCUCGGCCUAUCAGAUGGCCAGUACCGUGGAGGAGAUGGAGCUAAGUGACGGUAUCUCCGCCCCCAGUAUGGGCAUCCUGCCUGGUGUGAAGGAACACUUCAGCCUGAAGACUGUCCUGUUCCCUGACAACACUGAACCCUCAGCCCUGUCCGGCUACACUGUCAACAUCACUGUCAGCCUCAUGGGCCUUCUGAUCCUGGUGUUCAGUAUACUAGCAGUGCAGGGUGGAUUUGCAGUGUGGAACAUCGUAGGUCUGACCGUCAUCUUCAUGGUGUGUGUUCUCCUCACCUUUAUCAUCUGGAGACAACCAGAGAGCAAGACCAAGCUGUCCUUUAAGGUGCCCCUGUUGCCGUUCAUCCCAGUGGUCAGCAUGUUUGUCAACGUCUACCUGAUGAUGCAGCUGGACAGAGGCACGUGGAUACGCUUCGCUGUCUGGAUGGCUAUUGGGUUUGUGAUCUACUUUGGCUACGGGAUCCACCACAGUGCUGAGGCAGCUCUGGCCAGCUCCUCUCCUGAGUCUGAUGUAGAGCUGAACGACUACAUAUCCAGCCACUCACACAACAUGGAGCCCGUGUCUCCUGAGAAAGAGGCGUUUCUACAUAAUGGUCUGGAGUCCCGGGGAGAGGAGGACGGAGACCUGUAGAGUGCUAGGACCCAGCAGACAACUGCCACAGCCUGCCCUGGCCGCCCUACAUGCCACACCUUAUCACGCCGCUUUGGAACUUUUGUCUGUCUGGAACCUUUUAUCAAACAGGAUAGAACCCUCUUGGAAUGAACCGUCUCCUUUUGGGAUGUGCCAUGCCAUUUUUUUAACAGGGUCCUGGCUCUUUAGACAUCUCACAGUGGCGUAUGCACAUGUAGCUUCUCGCAGGUGUUCCUGGGAAAAUACAUUUCUAAUGCAGAAAAAAAAGGAGUAGAGAAAAAGAAGGAAGGAAGAGAGGAUAGACUGCUGUUUGUUCCUGAGGCCUUAUUGUGAGCUCACAAGGGGUUUCCUACUACAGACAGGAGAACCAUAUCAGCCCAGGGAAACUGAGCAGACAUCUUGGAUCUUGUCCUCCUCCAUUUGAGGGAAAGUGUGGGUUGAUGUGAUGGGAGUGGGGUAGUGUAAUGUUGCUGUUGAGGACUGGGUUUGAUUGGAUCCACUGAGCACACACUGGUUAAAUCAACGUUGUUUCCAAGUCAUUUCAAUGAAGUUACGUUGAACUAACCUGGAAUAGACGUUGAAUUGACGUCUGUGUGCAGUGAGGAUACUCUACUAGCUGGCACAUGGUUCUCUCACAGCUCAGGAAGGACUCUCGACAGCUCAGGAAGGACUCUCACAGCUCAGGAAGGACUCUCACAGCUCAGGAAGGACUUUCGACAGCUCAGGAAGGACUCUCACAGCUCAGGAAGGACUCUCACAGCUCAGGAAGGACUCUCACAGCUCAGGAAGGACUCUCACAGCUCAGGAAGGACUCUCACAGCUCAGGAAGGACUCUCACAGCUCAGGAAGGACUUUCGACAGCUCAGGAAGGACUCUCACAGCUCAGGAAGGACUUUCGACAGCUCAGGAAGGACUCUCACAGCUCAGGAAGGACUUUCGACAGCUCAGGAAGGACUCUCACAGCUCAGGAAGGACUUUCGACAGCUCAGGAAGGACUCUCACAGCUCAGGAAGGACUUUCGACAGCUCAGGAAGGACUAUCUGUUGGUUAACAUCCUAAUGGAUUGGUUAGGGUUAAGGUUGUGCAUUAAGGUUGUCAUUUGAGAGAUGUCAGAAAACAUCACUGAGUCACUCCGAUGACUUUUGGAACUGAGUGACUUAGAUGGCUAGCCAUGGAAACUCUGUGUGGUAAUCUUCAAGAUAAUCAUACUGUUUGAUGAGGCAUAUCUAUACUCUCAACAUUUUCAGAUGAUUGUCAAACUGCUGUCUGGAAAGGUAGACACCAGACAUGGCUAUAAUAACUACUGUUAGGAUUCUACCUUUAGAUCUGCCAAAACCAGGGAUGACCUAUAUAUGUGUAUUUCCUCUGAAACAUUUUUCUAGUCUGAACGGUUACAUCCUCCCCUAGCAGGAUAUAUGCUACCUUGUUGUAAACUUCUGUUAUCUCCCUUCUCACUGUGAUGCAGUUGCUGUGGCUCACCACUAGAGGUCGCUGUGUAUCACACAACGUCAAAUCAAAUCAAAUCAAAUUGUAUUCAUCACCUGCGCCGUAAGGUGUAGACCUUACUGUGAAAUGCUUACUUACAAGCCCUUAACCAACAAUGCAGUUCAAGAAAUAGAGUUCAGAAAAUAUUAACUAAAUAUACUAAAGUGAAAAAAUUAAAU